CCUGACUUCCGAUUUCUUUGCCUUACACAACACUGAGAGAUCAGUCCCAAGAGCAUGCUAAUAGAUCAGUGUGAUCCGUGGUUGUCUUGUAAGAGGCUCCACUGAAUUAUUUCCUGAAGUGGGAGGAGGUUUUCCGGAAACAGCGACAAUGGCCGCGGUUUAUUCGCUGUCUUCGAACUUCCGAACAGUCGGACUUUCGAAGAUAUUGGCCAUCGGAUUUGUGCUUCUGUCAAUUGCAGGCCCAGAGAUAGGAGACACGCUCAGAUGCUAUUCCUGCUCUUCGCUGAAUAAUGCAGCAUGUGCAGAUCCGCCAAAUGUGACCCAGAUGGAAGUAACUGAAUGUGGACCAUUGAUAAAAAAUGCAGUUUGCUCUAAGCGAACCACUAAAACACCCCAAUUGACAUUCACGGGGCGUCGAUGCCUCCCUGAAGAUAUCUGUGACUAUGCCCUGAAUCUGGACCAACUAUCUGAACAGUGUGACACCUGCACCACAGAUUUGUGCAACAGCUCACCUCAUCUCACAUCCAUUACCUCUGUGAUUUUCCUCGGGAGUAUCUUCAGCCUCCUCAAGGUGCUCCUGCACAAGUGAACCCAUGGGUAAACUUACACCUUACCUUGUAAAUACAAUUUAGCGAAUAAAAGGACCAAUCAAUUCCAAUUGUCAAUUUCUUCAGGAAAUUUCCCAAUUGGUUAACGUAAAUCUUUGUUGAUUAAAUGUGCACAAAUUAGUCAUGACUCAAUGCCCCAACUCAUUUAUUUUCCCAGAAAAUUGUCGUCAAAUAAAUCGUCAGUGCUAUCACAAAUUACGUCUGGAACUGAGUUUAAUAUUUCCUUAAGAAAU